AUGUGGUUAGUUUGCGUUCUUUUGUCUAAUGAUAGCACAAAUUUAAACUAUUUCCUCAAUCCUUCAUGUUAUGCAAGAAGGAACAAGCAUGACAUUGUCAAGACUCAAAGAGUUCCUGAGCAUGCAAAUCCUACUCGUAAUGGUCAAAGAACAGACAGUCUUCCUCUGGACCAAAGGAUUGUAAAGAAACUUGAGAGGAAAGAUCAGCAGGUGAGCACCGAGAGAGUGGAUGUCCAGAGAAGAAACUGGCGUAAUGAGAACUGGAGGAACAACAGGGACACUGGGAGGCAGCAGCAGCGGCAGAAGAAGGAGAGGCAGCCUUCACCAGAGACGUGGCGCAAACCUGUUGAACAACCAAAAUCAGCCUCCCCUGAUACAGGUCUGCGCUAUGGGAAAAUAGCUUCAGCUCUGGAGCUUGCCCAAGCAUUCUCAAGAUCUUUCUCAGAUCGAAAAUUAGCUGAUCGAUGUUCUGGUGAAAGGAGCCUCCCUAGCAACAUGAGGAUGCCUUUUUCCCGACUGAUGGCCCCAACCUCAAGGCCUCAGAUAAAUGCUUCUUCUUCCAUUCUUUUUGGUGGGAUCCAAUAUCCACUGAGAAAUGCACUUCUUGGAGUCAAGCCGGCCACUACAAGAAUAGGCGGCAUUAGUGACGGAAAAGGCAAAGGCGAUUAG